CUGCUAAUCUGCCAUCACAAUCAUCAAUGCCAAUUACGGAAUAACUACUAUGUAUAUGCUUCUUCAGACUUAUUCCUUAGUUUUUUGAAUCACGUCUGUAUCAUCAUAGGUCUCUCGUUCACCCGAAAAUAACUAGCUAGCAUAGCCGCAUAGCAGCAUGCCAAUAUCAUGACAAUAAUCAACUUGCUUAACCAAGCAAAGGCUAUACAGUGAGAGAGAAAGAAUAUGGCGCAAGUCCAGCAAUUCCUUGCACUAAGACCAUCUUCUUCUACCAAUGGGAUGUUCAUACCUAUCUUUCGCCCUCAAUUCAACCCCAAAUUCCAUGUAUUUGGCGCCAUUUCUCUCUCCAAUUGUUACAGAAGACCAACAAUUUCCACUCCCAAUUAUGUUCCCACCUCUCGUUCUUCCCCUUUUGCUUAUCCUCACCACCCCACUUCUGGGUUUCGCCAUUUUUGCAAAUUCAGUGAUUCUGACUCGAUGUCACAGCUAGAGCUUGGGAAACAAUAUGGGAGACGCAAACCAGAGAAGAGGGUUAACGCAAUAUUCUGGAUUAUUCUUCUUAACCUUGCUAUAUAUGUGGCAGAUCAUAUGUUUCUGGUUCGAGACAUCAAAGCCCUAUACUUGUUCCACAAUCAACCUGCUUGGUACCAGUUUGUGACAGCUGCAUUUUGUCAUGCAAAUUGGAACCAUCUUUCCAGCAAUCUAUUCUUUCUUUACAUUUUCGGGAAGCUCGUGGAAGAGGAAGAAGGUAGCUUUGCAUUGUGGCUUUCUUAUAUUCUAACAGGUGCUGGUGCAAACCUUGUCUCUUGGUUGGUUCUCCCAAGAAAUGCAGUUUCUGUCGGAGCCUCUGGUGCCGUUUUCGGCUUGUUUGCAAUAAGCGUCCUUGUUAAGAUGUCAUUGGAUUGGAGAAAGAUUCUUGAAGUACUCAUAUUGGGCCAAUUUGUGAUAGAGAAGGUGAUGGAAGCAGCUCAAGCAUCAACUGGUUUGUCGAAUGGCUUUAUUGGAACCUACUCAUUACAGAAUGUCAACCACAUUGCGCAUCUAUCAGGUGCUUUGGUUGGAGUACUUUUGGUAUGGUUACUAAGUAGGGUUCCAUCUGAUCCGUCAGAAGGAUAGCCUGAGAAGCCUGAAAAGAGCAGAUAAAUAACAUGACUUACUGUAAUGCAAAGAAAGCCACUUAAAGAGUUGAAGCAUAGCUGCUUUGCUGAUUUCCUUCCCUAAUUGCUUAUGAGCAGUAUGUAAGGGUAGAUGAAAAGCAAAAGUUGCCAGCAGAUAAACAACCAAACAAACAAACAAAGAGACAGGCCUAUUUAUACGUUGUUGUGCAUAACUGUUCUGAGCAAACCUAGGUUUGCAUAUGUAGAGACCUCUUUGAGCUGUAUACCAAUUUGAUGAAUGAAAUAUACAAAAUAUAAUUUUCUGAAA